AUGCCUAAGUGGGCAAAGUACACCAGAAAGUUUGUCAAAGAGUGGGCAAAUAAAGCAGAAUUUAAAGGAUGGCUCAAGAAGGCGACAGAUGAACAAUCAGCGAACAAUGAUUUUAAAGAAGCGUAUUGUUCUGUUUGUAAUACAGUGUUGAGAGCACACCAUGGUGAUUUAAUUAGCCAUAGAGUAAGUAAUGUCUCCAGAGAAAAUAAACAUAUAGAUAUAAUGCUUGCUGUUCACAUUGCUACUCAUUCAUCAAUUCGUAGUAUUGAUCAUCUUGGUGAGAUGUUGAAAGUAUUUGGGAAAGGCUCGAAACUAGAAAAUUUGAAAAUGCAUAGAACUAAAUGUUCUAAGCUAAUAUUAAAUGUAUUAUCGCCAGCUAUAACUGAAGAUCUAAUAACAGACAUUGGGGAAAUUGGAUACUCCUUGAUAGUAGAUGAAUCAACUGAUGUUUCUGUUAUGAAGUACAUGGCAUAUUGUAUUAGGUAUUUUAGUAAAUCAACAAACCAAAUACAAAAUGAGUUUUUGGGCUUGGUUGUAGUUGAAUGUGCUACUGCUGUAGCGUUAUAUGAUGGAACAAUUGAAUUUUUGAAGCUCUUAAAGCUGAAUCCCCUAAAUUUAAUUGGGUUAGGUGUUGAUGGCGCUAGUAAUCUGUGUGGUAUGAAUCAUUCUCUAUUUACACUUCUACGAGAAAAAUCACCAAAACUUCAAUUAAUUAAAUGUGUUUGUCAUUCACUUAAUACUUGUUCAUCUAAGGCAUCUGAAGGUCUACCUAGUCACAUUGAAUUUAUGCUAAGAGAAUCUGUUUCUUGGUUUUCGCACAGCCCUCUUCGUCAAAUAGAAUACAGUAGACUUUAUGCGACAAUAAACGGUGCAGAAUGUAAACAAAGGCGUUUGGUCAAACUUUGUGCUACUCGAUGGUUGGCUUUUUAUAAUUGUAUAAAAGUUGUUCUUGACCAAUCGCUURAACUGAAAACCUGUUUUCAAAUGGCAGCACAAAAAGAAAAAUGUUAUAGUGCAGGUCAUAGCUUUUUGUGA